UCCUCUGCUUCUGAGUUCUGCCACCGAAUAGCAAACCCAUCGACUGUUAAAUUUUGGUUCAGUAUCAGUUCUUCUCUUACUUGGGAGAGGGACUUACAUGCCUUUCGUCUUCUGCCCUAUGAGUUAUCUGAAGUUCCAAUCUUCUCCUCUCCAUAUAUCCCACAAAGCAAAUAGCUAUUCUGGUCCACUUUUCUCCUCCCCUCAAACUCUUUCGCUUCCAAUCUCUUCCUUUCGAGACAAACCCAUAUCCCGCAUCAACCACAAUGCCAUCUCUCCAUCUCUUUCAUCCUUCUCCCUUCCCCCAAACUCUCCCUGCAAACAUCAGCUUUGGAACCCUAGAGUCUCACAAAAUGAAGCUUCCAUCUUGGAAGGCCACGAAGAGGACCCCCCCAAUCCUUCCGAGGAAUUUGAUGAUUUGGCAACCGAUGGACCCGUUUAUAGGAAGACAUUGAGACUGGUGGAGUGUUCCAUGUUCGCAGCUGUCGCUGGCUUAGCCUAUUUUUUAAGUAAUUCUCUUGCAAUUGAGAGCUAUGUUGCUUGUUUCUUCUCAUUGCCGAUAGUAAUCUCCUCAAUGAGAUGGGGUAUUGCAGCUGGUAGAAAAACUAUGGUGGCCACUGCUGUGCUACUACUUACCUUGUCAGGUCCUGUGAAGGCAUUAACCUAUCUGCUUAUGCAUGGAUUAGUUGGUCUUGCCCUGGGUACUCUAUGGAGGCUAGGGGUGAACUGGAGCCUCUCAAUCAUCUUUUGUUCACUUGUUCGAGCCAUGGGUGCCAUGGGGUAUGUCUUAAUAUCCUCGUUCCUGAUAAGAGAAAACAUACUUGCUCUGAUAACAAUAAACAUCCAUGCUUCUCUUACCUACAUACUUACAGCCAUAGCUGUAAAUACAAUUCCAUCAAUGGAUGUGAUAUACACUAUAUUCGGGACCUUGCUUUUGCUGAACUGUGGGUUCUUUGUAUUCUUGCUUCACAUUCUGUAUGCUGUAUUCCUUAGCAGACUUGGGAUGAAAUCUUCUUUGGCACUGCCAAAAUGGCUAGAAAAGGCAAUAUGAGUGCUUUGCUUUUUCGAGGAUUGGAAGAACAGUGAAGAAUAGUCAAGGCAAUAUUAAUGCUGUUGAUGCAGGUGUCAUUGUUGUUUCCAAUUGUCUUAACAACAUUAUCAAGAAAUUCUCAUGUUGCCUAUAUACUCUAAUAGGCAAAGCUUGAGAUCCAACUCUCAUCAACAUCACUACAUCAGUGACAAUGUUUCUACCUGUUCAUGAUAUAUCAAGUCUUGAAGUCAUCAUAUC